AUGGCACCUGUUUCAUUGCCUCCUGGAUUUAGGUUCCACCCCACAGAUGAAGAACUUGUUUCUUAUUACCUCAAAAGAAAGAUUAAUGGCCGUCGAAUCGAAUUGGAAAUCAUCCCUGAAGUUGAUCUCUACAAGUGUGAACCAUGGGACUUGCCAGGGAAAUCAUUGCUACCAGGAAAAGAUUUGGAAUGGUAUUUUUUCAGUCCACGAGACAGGAAGUAUCCGAACGGAUCAAGAACAAAUAGAGCAACAAAAUCUGGAUAUUGGAAAGCAACUGGGAAAGAUCGGAAGGUGAAUUCGCAGACUCGUGCUGUUGGAAUGAAGAAAACCCUAGUUUACUAUAGAGGAAGAGCUCCACAUGGAUCUCGUACCGGUUGGGUUAUGCAUGAGUAUCGUCUUGACGAAAGAGAAUGCGACAAUCCUUCUUCAGGAUUGCAGGACGCAUAUGCGCUAUGCCGAAUAUUCAAGAAGAGUACAGUGAUUGUUCCAAAAGUUGGGGAGCAGUAUGUUAAUAAUGUGACUAGGCAUGCAAAUCAUAUGACAAGUGAUCAAUCAUCAAGCAUUGAGUUAUAUUCUGAAGGAAGAGAUGAAGUUUUAGAGAGCUCAAACUAUUUGAUGCCUUGGGAUACAAACUCCACCCAAACCCUAGAUAGGGCUAAUACUUUUAGCAACAAUGGUGGAGAUAUCACAAGGGAUAAUAAUGGGAUUUGGACACAGUUUUUAUCAGAGGACUUACUCAAUCUUCCAACAUCUUCUUCAUCAUUUCCCAAUUAUGGAUCCACACCGAAUUACCCUCCAUCAAAGGUGGAUAUUGCACUAGAGUGUGCAAGGAUGCAACAUAGGUUUACCAUGCCACCCUUGGAGGUGCAAGACUUCCCUCAAGAAAUUCUAUCUGUAGCUCAAGCUUCUCAGGAGUUGAUUCACCAAUCAAACUAUUCACAUGCAUUUGGUGGCAAUGAAAACUAUGGCACUACUCAUGAACAUGAUAAUGAUUUCACUUUUAUGGUUGGCAAUAAUAAUUACAAUCAUAUGAGUGAUCAUAUGAUGAAUUCCAUGAGAUUUGAUGACAAAGCAUGGGAAGAUCCAAACACAAGAUCAGUUGAGAUUGGAAAUCUCGAUGAUGAAUUCAAGACAGAAAGGAUGGUUGAGAAUUUAAGAUGGGUUGGAAUGUCAAGCAAUGAUUUAGAAAAGAGUUUUAUGGAAGAGCAUCAAAAGGUUGUUCCAAUUGAAGAUAUUUCGAGCUUCCACACAAAUAGAAAAGAGAAUGAGGUGCAAGUAGAAUCUGAUCAACAAAACAUAAACAAAGAAAUCAAUGACACUGACAUUGAUAAUUUCUCAAUGGAGUUUAUCAAUGAUAAUGAUAACCCUAAUGAGAAUUUUAUAGAUGAUGGUAACAUUGAUUAUUCAAAUUCUACAAGCUAUGAAGUUGUUGAAGAAACAACAAAAGUUAGUCAUGGAAUGUUUGUUGCUACACGUCAAGUAGCAGACACAUUCUUUCACAAGCUAACACCUUCACAAACAAUCAAAGUCCAACUCAACCCAAUCAUGGAAAACACAAAAUUUAUAGAGAAAGCAAAGACAUUGAUUAUUCCAAACAAACAAGGUUACUCUCUCUUAAGGAAAACUAAGGCCAAUUUGAUGGAGUACAUGAAGAAACCAUCAAAGACAAUAGCAAGUGUAAUUGUGUUUAUAUUUGCUAUUUUUUUGGUGCUUUGUGUUUAUUUGAAGGAGCAAGUUGAAGAUAUGAAACCAAAAUCAAAGUGUGUGAAAAAUAAGUAUUGCUAUGGAGCUAAUUGCAUGAAGAAAAUCAUUUGGAAUGAGAAAGAAAAAGUUUGGUUUGUUGGUAUCAAAAGUGGAAAAGGUUUUGAUGUGGUGUUGAAGAAGAUAGGAAUUUUUCUCACCAUAUCAUUGGCUAUUUGUACUAUGUGGGCUAACCAUAUGAUAUAG